ACCCCGGCCGAAACUUUCCCUGCUCGGGCAGCUGGCGCGGCGCGGAGCCUGGGCCGGCCGGCGGCGUGGCUGGCUGGCCAGGGGCGCCCGGGCAGCGUGCGGGAGGCGGCAGCCGGGGCGGCUGUGCCAUGCGGGGCUCCCCUCGGGCAGCGGCGGCGGCGGCGGGGCGGGCGGGCGGCAGCGGCCCCUGCAGCCGGGGGGGCGGCGGCGGGCUGACACGAUGCGGCCGGGGCUGGGCGCGGGCAGGCGGCAUGGCCCCCCCGCCUAAGGGCCCCCCCGCCCGCAAGCUGCUCUGCAUGUGCAGCCUCUCGCUCUGCCUCACCUACGCCUGCUACAGCCUCAUGGGCGGCCCCGGCACCCUCCGCUCCCCGCUGGCCGCCCAGGGCUCCCCCAGCCCCGCCGCCCCGCCGCCCAGCCCCGCCGCCCCCCGCCGGCCCGGCCGCCCCCCGCGCAGCCCCCGACCUCCUCGCCGCCGCCGCCGCCGCCGCCGCCGGGCUCCCAAGCAGCAGCAGAGCAGAAGCCGUGUCGGCGGCGGCUCGGAGCAGCUCUGCCGCCGCCACCGCGCAGGCAGCCGCCAUCAGCCCUCCGGCCGCCGCGCCACCGUUCCCGGGCGAGCGGCCGAAAGCCCCGGCGGCGGCAACGCCAGCACCUCCGCCCCCGCCGACCAGCUGGCGGACGCCACGGCCACGCCGGCCUGUGGCGAGAAGCGGCUGCCGCAGGCGCUGAUCAUCGGGGUGAAGAAGGGGGGCACCCGCGCCCUGCUGGAGGCGCUCCGGGCGCACCCCGACGUCCGCGCCGUGGGCACCGAGCCCCACUUCUUCGACCGCAACUACGGCCACGGCCUCGACUGGUACAGGGAGCUGAUGCCGCGGACCCUGGAAGGCCAGCUCACCAUGGAGAAGACGCCCAGCUACUUCGUGACCGGCGAGGCGGCCGGCCGGAUCCACGCCAUGGCCAAGGACACCAAGCUGAUCGUGGUGGUUCGGGACCCGGUGACGCGGGCGAUCUCCGACUACACGCAGACGCUCUCCAAGAAGCCCGAGAUCCCCACCUUCGAGGUGCUGGCCUUCAAGAACCGGACUCUGGGGCUGAUCGACGCCUCCUGGAGCGCCCUCCGCAUCGGCCUCUACGCGCUGCACCUGGAGAGCUGGCUCCAGUACUUCCCGCUGGCCCAGAUGCACUUCGUCAGCGGGGAGCGGCUCAUCUCGGACCCGGCGGGGGAGCUGGCCAAGGUGCAGGCCUUCCUGGGCCUGCGGAGGGUGGUGACCGAGAAGUACUUCCAUUUCAACCAGACCAAGGGCUUCCCUUGCCUCAAGAAGCCGGAGGAGAGCGGCGCGCCCCGCUGCCUCGGCAAGUCCAAGGGCCGGACUCACCCCGUCAUCGACCGGGACGUCAUUCAGAGGCUGCGCAAGUUUUAUAAGCCCUUUAAUGUCAUGUUUUACCAAAUGACGGGCCAGGAUUUCCAGUGGGAGCAGCAGCAGGCAGGGAUGUGAGGCAGCAGCCACAGCAAACGAAGCCGGGUUUUCUCCAGAGAUCCACCUGUAGUGACGAGAGCCUGACCUGAUUUCCAAGGGCCAACUGCCCCCUCCCCAGCGUUGGGGAUGAGUGCUCAGCGGACUGAAGAGGCAGCCAGGGCUUCAGGGGAGUCCUUUGGGCCCUGAUUCCUCCCACUUUCUGAGACCAGGAGGGUGCCCCGAGAGCCCCAGCUCUGCCCUGAAGACAUCUCUGUUGUUUGGAGAGAAGUGGGGGGCUGGGUGUCCUUGCUCCCCAGCUGGGGAAGAAGAGCCAUUUCACACGUCCUGCAUCCUGUGCCAUGUCUUCAGAUGUUUAUUUUUGCUAUGGUUGAGCCGCUGAGCAGACAGAGGAGAUCGUCCUGUUCUCGGGGAGCCCGUUCUGGAAAGUGGCAUCCCAUUGGGAGAGGCUGCCCUGGGGUGUAAUGGUUGGUGUGGCCCUUCCCAACAGAGGAGGGGGCAAUUCCGCUGCACGAAAUGCUGCCGGUUUCCUGUUUUCUGGACGGCUGGUGCGUUUCCUCUGCCAGCCUCGCCUUUUGCUGUGCAAGAAGACCGUCUGUCUUCUGAGGAAGCCACCAGCUCAGGAAACGUUCCUUUUUUCUUCCUUUUUUUCUGUUUUGUCUUCCCUGUUUAAAUGUCAGCCUCCCUGGCACAGAGAGAUUGAAUUUUCUAUUUGAUUUCAAUUAGCAAGGCAUAAAUUAUACUUAAUUUUCUGCUCCCAGAGACGGGAUGAGUCAUUGUCCCAGAAAGCUGGCAAUGUUAUAGUUCAGCCAUUGACAAUGGAAGGAUUCAUUGCCUGGAAGGGAAAUUGCCUCUCUGCCUCCUCCUCCCCUGCCCCCCCCUCCUCUGAGUCUCCACCAUCUACCUGAACGAUACGGACAUGCAAAGCCUCCACCUGGAGCUAAACUCACCCCACAAUAAAAUCUUGCAACAGCA